ACCGGUCUGUGGUCCCUCGAAGGGGACGAACGCAGCUGGAGCGGUCGGAGUAUUGUCGCUCUUUUUUAAAAGCGUACUUGACACGGACUAUUUAUCUACCCAUUUAAACACAUACCGCCGACCAACUUAGAAUGUAUAGCCGGUGUAUCUGUCAUGAAUCGAGCUAAUUUUGGAAGCUAACUACACAACUGGAUAGCUACCUUAGCUAGCACGCUAGCGGAGCUAACUAGCCGACUGAAUAGCUACCUCUGCUAGCUGGAUUAGCUACAGACACGUGUUGCGUUAAGUUUCCGUCCUCGUCGCCUCCACGCAGAAAUAUUCGUCAAAAUGGCACGUAGGGAAGAAGUGUUUCAAUCAAAAGUCUUCCAAAAGCUGUACCCUGCACCUCCCAAACUGGAGAGGGAACCGAGCCCACCAGCCAUAGUAGAUGCUCUUUCCAGAAAAACCCAUGUGAAAAGAAAAGCCCCUCAACGGGAGACAGCCGCUGAUGCAGGAGGGAAACCGAGCUCUGACAAUCCGGCCAAGCGGAUGUACACAGUCCUACCUCCUCCCGCUGACUACAAGACGGAUUCAGAGAAAUCCGUCACACUCCCCCAGUUAGAAAGCAUGAAUAGUGCAGACGGCCCAGCUGACGGGAGCGUCCACGACAGCAAUGAGGAACCAGGCCCAGAUGAAGAGGAAGAAGAACCGCGAAGAAGACGGAAGAGAAGGAAACGGAAAGCGGCCCUACACCGGGACCCGGGAGCAGCCGGCGCGAGGGAGUCCGGCCCGGGUCCGGGUCGGGCCCCUGGCGACGAGAACAUGAGCAGGAACAAGAAGAGGAAGCUGAAGAAGAAACGGCACAAAGAGAAGCUGCUCGCCAUGGGUCUGAUGCCGCGGGCCGCUGCACUGGAGUUCACAUACCGAAAAGACGAAGAGGAGGAGGAGGAGGAGGACAACGAGACAAGAGCUUUUGAGGUGUCCGACUUUCUUAGGACAACAAUGGAAAUCUAUAUGUCAGAUCCCUCUUUGCGCUCAGACCAGCGCCCCCUCCUGUGCGGGACAGUGAACAACCUUUUGAGCCGCCGCCCCCCCUGCGCCCUCGAGCAGCUCCACGCCCUCAAGGCCCUGGUUCAGCGCCGACAGCCGGGCCAACUGGAAAGGGCCCUGGUGGAGCUCGUCGGCACCUCUCCCCUGUCCUCAGAAGAAACCGCCGCCGUGGCUUCCCUGUUCCGAUACUGGAUCACACACAUUCUUCCCAUGCAAGGCGACGAGUGGGCUCCCUCCGACGCGCCCGCCACACGGGGGACCCUCGCAGACCGCUCCAGAGAUGUUUUUCAGAGUGCCGAGACUGACUCCGGGAUACAUCCGGCUGCUGCAGACGCAGGCCUACCACCAUGUGUCUGUGACCCCCCCAGCUGAGCGGAGCAUGCCGGGCCUGGCUGUGCUCCUGGGGGCCGUGGGGAUCGGCCUGUGCGGCUACAGCUCCAGGCAGCUGGCCCUUUACCACCGGCCCUCCUCCCGCGUGCUGC